AUGGCACUUCUCUUAAGCGUUGAGCAUGCCACGAGUUGCGCGCGAAAGCGAUGAUUCAAAUAUUGACCAACGUACUAUGUAGACAGCGACGGCCCGCUCGCAAACUGUGACACAACUUUAUUAACAUAAUGGCGCAAGCAAUGACGCUGCAGCCGCUGGCCACGCCGGCGCAGCUGUCUGAGCGGGAGCACGACAUCCUUCUCCUCGUCGACAAUAAGAUGGACUUGCCGCUUUGGAAGGACCCCUCACAGCCAUCGGCUGAUGGCUCGAUGCCAAAAGAUGCUGCUGGAGCGGCAGACAGCGACCGGCUGACAGUAGACCAAAUUACUGAGGCUUUCGUGCGCACGAGUAUGAUCCUUUCGCACGUAGAGGACGUGCCCACAUCGGUGUCGUUUCACUGGUAUGCUCGUGGGCGGCAGGAGUACACACUGAACGCGAAGCUAUGCAUGGCCAAGCCGGGGCCGGAGGCGGACGGGCGGCUGCCCACAGACGUGUUCCGUGAGCAGCAGGCGGCGUUGCACAAGCUCACCGAGUACCGCGCGAGCGGCGUAGCAAACACUCAAGAACUCAACGGAGACUGGCUCGCCCACAUGCGCGUCAGCGUGGAGAUGGCCGUGACGGCGGCAAUGGCGGGAGUCAGCCAGCAGGGCUCCCGCUCCAAGAAGGUCACCAUCAUCCUCAGUAUCAAGUCGCUGCCGCCGGGCGACGCGGCGCCGGUGCCGCCCGCUGCGCCGCUGCCGGCGGAGCAGGUGGAAUGGCUGCGGAGCACCGCCGCCACCUUUGUCCUGCUGGACAUGGCAGUGCACGUGGACGCGGAGCGCCAGGAGGAGGCGCGGCGGCUGGCGGUGGCAGCGGCGACCGGCGCGCUGCCGCCGCCGCCGCCGGCUGGGGACACGGCGCCGCCCCUGGAGCAACUCAUGCAGUUGCUGUGCUCGCACGUGCCGCCCGAGGGCCUGGCGACCCACCCGGUCCUGCAGCUGCAGCUGCUGCCCGUGGCAUACCUGUGGUCCCGCCGCGUCGUGGUGGGCAACCCGCUCCUGCGCUACGUCGUGGGCAACCUGGUCGUGCCGCCGCCGGCGGUGGCGGAGGAACGCGAGAGGCUGAUGGCGGGGGGCGGUGCUGUUGGAUUGGUGGUGGACGCGCUGGGCAAGGCAAUGGCCAAGCACCAGCCGUACGUGGACUGGUUUGAGGGCGGCGCGUGGUACCGGCGCACCUGGGGGCUCGACUCCUGCAGCAUCAACCUGGAAAAGCUGCUGGGCACCAUCCUGAGGAAGGAGAGCUCGGCGCACAAGCUCAACCUGCCGCCUCUGGCAAAGCUACCUGACCAAGUCAAGAAGCUAACGAAGCCGGGGAACGCGGGUCCCAGCAACCCUGGCCCUGCUAUCACGGCAGCAGGGGCGGGGGCGGCGUGGACCAGGAAGGGCCUGGCCAACGCGAGCCGGCCGCCGCCGCCGCUGCUGCUGGUGGCGCCGGCGGCCGCCAACGCACUGGCCAACAAGCCGGGCGCGGCGGGCGGUGCGGUGGGCGCAGGGGGGCCCGUAGGCCGGGGCCGGGCGCCGCUGGCGGCGAGCGCCCAGGCCAACGCACCGCCGGCAGCAAGAGGAGGCAGCCAUGCGAGUAGGCCACCAAUGGUCCCAGGAGGAGGUGGCGCAGGCGGCGGCGGUAGGCCGGCAGCAGGCAGCGGUGCCCCAGGCGCGGGCACGGCGGCAGCAGGAGCGGCCGCGGCGGCGGCGGGCAGGUCAAUGCAGACGGCGGGGCCGGUGCAGCGGGGCCAGGGGACGCAGCUGCCCAUGCAGCCUCCCAAGCGGGCGAAGCCGCCGCCCCGCCCGCAGUCGGCGGCCGCGGAGGCAGCUGCUGCCGCGACGGCUGCUGCGGCUGCCGGCAGCUACCACGCCAGCCGCACGGCGGGCAAGCGCAUGGGGAAGGUGCUGGAGGCGGGUGCCGCCAAGGCCGACUCGCAGGGUGGCGCGGGCGGAGCCGGCGGCAGCAUGGGCGCGCCCGGCGGCGGGGCCGGCGGCACCGGUGGUGUGGGCGGUGCUGGUGGCGCCGUUGGAGGCAGCCGCUGGGUGUGGCCGCCCAUGUCACUGGAGGAGAAGCAGGCGCAGGCCGACCACGCCAAGGCCAUGGUGGAGACGGACGACCAGCUGGACGUGCUGGGGCUUAUGGCGGCGGCCGAGGAGCGCAUGCACGAGUUCGUGGCGGGCGAGCUGCUGACCGCCGUGCGCCGUGAAGAGCAGCAGGCGCGGCGGUCACUGCAGCAGCAGCAGCAGCAGCCGUCGGCGCGCGAGGGCGAGGGCGGCGCCGAGGACGGGGACCAGCAGGGCGAAAACCGCGUGCAGGCGGCGGCAGCUGCGCCGGAGGCCGAGGCGAUUGAGGUGGCUGAGGCCGCAGGGGAGCAGAGAAAGCGCAAGCGGGCGCAGGCGCAGCUGCCAUCUGAGGAGGAGGCCCUGGCAGAGGUAGAGGCGGAGUCGGCGCCCAGAGGGGCGGGCGCGGCGGCUGCGGCUGCUGGCCCCGAUGCGGGCGCUGGUGACAAGGGCAAGGGCGCUGCGAAGAAGGCCGGCAAGGGCGCGGCGGUGCGGCCCAAGCUGGGCGAUCCGCGCAGCCGCAUGCGCAGCAAGUUCAUGCGCAAGCCGCGUGAGCUGACUGCGGACGAGCGCGAGGUGCCCGGCUGGAGCCCGCCGCUGGAGCUGAUCCUGGCGCAGGCGCGGGCGGCGGCCAAGGAGACCGUUGAGGCACUCAUGGGCGCCACCGACCGCGCCGUCGCCAACGCCAUCCGCGUGCUGAAGCAGCGAGCCGCCGAGGCCAAGUCGCGCGAGCGCAUGCAGUCGGCUGAGGCCACGGGUGAGGAGUUUGGCGAGGUGGAUGUGGCCGCCGCCGGAGACGGCGACGAGGCGGCAUCCCUGGACACUGUGUUCAAGCUGCUGCAGGAGGCCUGGGCGGGCGACGUGCUGGGGGCGCUGUGGCAGCGCGGCGCCGUGCGCGGCCGCCCGCGGCUGCAGCUGUGCGCGCUGCUGUUCGCGGCGUGCCGCUUCAUGUGUGGGGUGGAGCUGCUGGGCUACCGGCGCCGCACGCCGCGGCAGCUGACAGAGCUGCUCCGGGAGCUGCUGGACCCCUGUGUGCCGGCACUCAGCGCGCACGUGGCGGGGCGGCCGGCCAUGCAGGCCUUCAUCACGCAGCGCCUCAAGCCGGCCUGGGACAAGUCGUGGCUGUGCCGGCUGCUGGAGCUGCUGGCGGUGUCGUACGCGGGCGAGGACCGGGAGGGAGCCAACGAGGUCGAGUUCGUGCCGCGAUGGGACGAGGACGAGGACUGGGCUGCUGGCAUGGAGGAGGCCGGCGGCGUGGAGGCUUCCAAGGACGCGCUGGAGGGGCUGCAGCGCAACGCCGCAGCCAUGCACGCCGCGACACAGCACCAGCAGCAGAGGCCGGAGACGUCGCAGCUGGGCGCGGGCUCGGAGCUGCGGGCGGCGUCGGGGCGCGGCGGCUCCGGCUCCUUUGGCCGUGGUGGCGGCGCCGCCGGCGCGCAGGGUCGGGGGCUGUCGGGCAGCGGCAUGGCCGGUGCCGGGCCGUUCCCAGUGGCGGGCGGGCGUAUGAUGCAGCUGCAGCUGCAGCGGCAGGGCUCCGGCGCGGGCCGUGCGGCUGGCGGCGGCGGCGGUGGUGGUGCUGCUGCUGCUGCUGGCGGAGCUGGUCGCUCCGGCAUUCACAGCGGCUCUCAGGUGCUGGAAGUGGACAGCCAGCGCGGGGUGGUGGUGGCGGGCGCCGCGGCCGCGGCGGGCGGGCGCGGCGUGGUCACGGGCGCGGGCGGCCGCGUGGCCAAGCACGUAGCACGAGUGGACCCCACCCGCCCGGCGCACAUGAUGCCGGCGCUCAUCUCGCGGCCGAUCAUUGCGCUGCCGGCAGACCCGCCGCCAGCCCAGCGCGCCGCGCUGGUGGAGGAGCAGAAGCUGAAGAACAAGUGCGGUGCCGCCGCCGCAAACCUGGCCGGCAGAUUCGAGCGCGAGGCCUCUCCGCUGCCGCCGCCGCCAGCACAGCCGCAGCCGCCGCAGCGAAGAGCUGCGGCUACCGCCUCCGGCGCAGGCAAGGCGGCUGCUGGCGCCGGCGCGCGACUCGCAGCGAAUCGGGCGCUGCAUCGGGCGGGCGAGGGCGGUGCGGUGGUGGCGGUGCCUGCGAGCCCCCUGCCGGCGCCCAGUCCGCGCGGCCCGCCCGGCGCCAGUGACUCGCCGGACGAGGUGGGGCCCACGCCGCUGCUGGAGCGCGGCGGCGGUGCGGCGGGCUUCAGGGCGCGCCUGGGCACAGCCGGCGGCGAUGCCGUGGAGGGCGGUGCGGAGGACGUUACGCGGGGCCUGUUCGGGAACGCGGACGAUGCUAACGCCGGCGCGGGCCGCGCGGUCAAGUACAACCCCGGCGGCGACGGACCCUUUGGCGCUGUGCCCACGUACCAGGUCCUCAAGCCCACCGCCCAGCCCGCCGCCCUUCAGCCUCCCCACCAGGCUGCUGCUGCUGCUGCUUCGGGCGCCGCACCGGCCGCAGUGCCCGGCCUGCUGGUGUUCGGGGUCGCUGCCGCGCCCGACGCCCAGGCAGUGGCCGCGGCCGCGGCAGCCGCCGAGCCCGGCGUUCUUCGCCUUGCCGGCGGCGACGCCACUACUGCUGCUGCCGCCGCCGCCACGGAAGCCCUCGCGCCGGCCGCUGCUCGCCCGGGCGGUGUGUUUGACCUGCUGGCUCUGCAGCCGCAGGCGCAGCCCGCCCUGGAUGGCUGCCCGGGCGAGGACGCCCACGAUAACAAGCAGGAGCAGGAGGAGGGCCGCCCGCCGCGGCGGCUGCAGGCGGACGAGCACUCGGUGGACAGUGCUGGCAAGCGGCCGGAGGGCGAGGACUGGGAUGGGCAGGAGGAUGAUGACUUGCGCUCGCCCCGGCGUGCCGCCGCCAGCAACACCGCCGAGACAGCGACCUGCUCCUCCGCGAAGAAGCCCACGGUGCGGACGAGCCGCGUGGAUGUGGGCAAGCCGCCGUCGGCCUCCGCACUGCAGUCCGCCCAGGCCCGUCGGCUGGUGGGCGCGGCGGCUGGCGGCAGCAGCAGCAGCAUUCCCACCGGCGCAGCCGCGUUGAAAGUGGGAGUCCCAGGCCUUAACAGAAAGCGGGCGCCGCUCGCCGGUGCUGCCGCCGGCCGCUCCAACCUGCCCACGGCGCCCAAGGCCCGCAGCGCGGCGGCAUCGGGCCUGCCCGGCCCGGCCGCAGCUCGCGGCGCCGCUGCACCCCAGCCACUGCAGGCGGUGGCGCCAGAUACAGCUGCAGCGGCGGUGGCGGCGGCAGCGCUGCAGCCAGGCCCGAGCGCCAAGGGGGUGGACGAGGCCCCACAGCCCGCUGACCACGUGGCGCAGGCGGCUGACGCUGUGGCGCAACCGGCGGUGCAGGAGCCCGCGGCCGUCGCGCAGGAGCAACAGGCGGCAGAGCAGCAGACAGCUGCGGCAGCGGCCGUUGCUGCCGUGGCACCCACACCCGGCGCCGCAAAGCGCAUGACGCGCCGUACAGCAGCGGCGUCAGCCACACCGCAGGCUGCUGCAGGGCCUAGCACCGGUGCCGCCGAUGCCGCGGGUGCCACGCCGGCAGCGGCUGGUGCGACGGCCCUCCGCCGCUCUGCACGCAACAAGAGCAUCACUCCUGCCGCAGGUGCCGCCACCGCACUGCCACCCGCUAUCUCGCCGCCAGUGCCCCCAACCGCUGCCGGCACUCGCACCACGCGCCGGGGUGGCAAGGCUGCCUCCCCGCAACUGCACGAGCCGCUGCCUGAUCCGGAAGCACUUCUGCGACGUUUGGCAAAGCCCAAGGCGGUGGUCACUGCCGCAGCCGAGGACGGCGAGGGCGGCGCUGCGAUGCCUGCAACUGCAACGGGCGGCAAGGCCACCAAGCAGACCAAGGAGGCGGCCACCGGCGGUGAAGGCGCCGCGGCGGGAUGCGCGGCUGCUGCCGACGCACGUAUGGAGGAAGCGGAAGAGGCAGACGUGCAGCCCGGAGCGGUGCAGCCGGAGCAACAGGAGGAAGUGCUGGAGCAGGAGCAGGGUGCCAGUGAUGACGCUGCGGCGGAGGCGGUAGCUGAGGUCCUGCAACAGCAGCAGGCACUGACGGCAGAGGUGGUUGUUGCGUUGGAGGAGGUGGCGGGGGGCAGUGCCAUUGCAGUGCUCGCCGAGGCCGCGGAGGAGGGGGCGCUGGCGGAUUUGUCCGAGGCCGUGGCGGUGGCUGCCGCUGAGACCGCGGCAGCUGUCGCCGCAGCCACCGCGUUGGUCCUGCAGGCCGAGGCACAGGCCGCACCUGCCGCAGUGCUGGAGGCGGCCCCGCCGCGGAGGUCGCCUCGCACUGCUGCCAAGGCGACGCCCCAACCCACGGGCGCCAGCCGCGAGCGACGAGCUUCAGCGAGUCCUCGGGAGCAGCAGGACGGGCCAGGCAGUGCUGCCGGCCGCCAGGAGCCCAACACCCGCACCCGCAAGUCCGCGUUUGCGCGCAUUCUGGCCGGCGUGGCGGAUAUGGUAUGGCGUGGGAAGCCGUUCACACCCGUUGAAAGCAAACCGCCGGGCGGGCCAGCAAGCACGCUGCACGGCGACGGGCACGAUGCGGAGGACUCGCAACCGCGGGCGGGGGCUGUGGGCGCUGCUGGUGCCAUGGCGCCGGGUGGCGCAGUCGGCCCCGGGGCUGGCCUGCAGUUCGUGGGCGCGACUCCGCCGCCCGCGGCUAGCCCGCACUUGGAGGGGGGUGAGCAGGUGCCGGCGCGGGAGGGGCAGGAGCAGGUGGACGAGGUCGCGCAUGAGGCUGAGGCGGUGCAGGAGGACCAGCUAGCCGCCGCAGGUGCCGCUGCCCCUGUGGCUGCGGUGUUAGACACAGUGGCGCCCCCACCCCAACCUGCGGUGGCAGUAGCUGAGCAGCAGGAGCAGCAGCAGGAGGAGGAGCAGCUGAUGCACGGGAACGGGGCUGACGUGGCCGGACCGUCGGGCGAGGCUGGCGCCCUGCCGGCCGCCGACACUGCAGUGGCACCGGACGCAGCAGCAGCGGCAGCUGCGCGAGAUGCUGCUGGUCCCUCGGCGGCGCCCACGCCCUCUGCCAAAUCCAAACCCAAGCGGGCUCAGGGCUCGGCCAGUGAGCGUUCUGCGGCCGUCGGCAGCAACCUUCCGGCGGCAGACGCUGAGGUCGAGGCCGCCCAGGCUCGGCGUAAGGCGGACGCGGAUGCGGACGCGGGAGCCGCGGGCGGUAGCCAGCCAGCCGCGGAGGCAGGUGCAGGGGCGGAGCGGGACGGCGCUGCCGCCGGUGACGCAAGAACUCCUGCAUUCGGGCCUAGCAUGUAUGACAAGAUCAAAGCGGGGAGGCGGUCACAGGUCAUGAGCGCCGGUGGCACCAAAGCGCCUGCGGCAGGCCCCAUGAGCGGCGGCGGCGGAACCGACAGUCAGGCUCUUCAACCACGGACAGCGCAGACGGCGAGCAAGGCGGCAGACGGCAAGUCCGCUGGCACCACCACUGGUGGCAUGUCGGUGAAAACGGGGGGCGCUGCUGGCGCGAGCAUGCACAACUACGGGCAGCGCCCCGCUGACACCACAGUGGCGCAGCUCUUCGGCGGCAGCCCGAAGGCGGCAGCCCAACCCCUCGGCGCUGACUCCAUGUGCGGAGACGGCACGGGGCACCAGGCGCCACCGCCGGCGUCCGUCGCCUCUGUUGCAGUGCAGGGCACUGCUAUCGGCCCGGUUGCGGCCGCUGCCGCCGGUGCUGUGGGCGCAACCACCUCCGCGCCGGCCGCCACCGGUGCCGCUGCAGCGGCGCCGUGUGCGUCGGUAAAGGCGAGCGCGCACUUCGCCGCUGCCGCCGCUGCAGCGCCGUCUGGCGUCACAGCCACUGCCAGCGCCGCCGCAGCCGGGAGCAAGGGCCAUGGCGGCCCGGAGCGGCCCAAGCGCGGCCGUGAGCAGGCGCCACAGGAGGAGGUGGAGGCAGGCGGUGCUGCUGCCAGCAAGGGCGCGGCCGCCAAGGCUGUCUCCAAGACCAGUGUUGCCGACCUGCGCCGGGGCCUGGCGGCCGCAGCGGAGGCAGCCGAGGGUGCCACCGCUGACCUUGACCGGGAGGUAACCUCGCCGGAGCGGAAGCGGCGGCGCAAUGAGAAGCCCGAAGCGGAGCCCGAGGCAAGGACUGCGGUGCAGAGCGCAGGUGCGGAAGGCGCAGCGGCGGAGUUGGGGGUGGCUGGUAUGGAGGAGGUGCAAGCAGAGGCCGCAGAAGCGGCGACUGGGGACGCACCCGCAGCUAGCGGUCGGCGCGGCAAGGGUGGCAAGGCCAGCGGCAAGUCGUCCAGGGGGGCGGCUGCCGGCGGCUCCAAGCAGUGCAGGCGGCGGAAGGCGGAUGAGGCCGAGGCGGCGGCCGGCGCUGCGGUGGAGCAGGGCCAGAUGCAGCCGCAGCGAAAGGACGCCGCUGCUGCUCCAGCAGCUGCUGACGAGCCGGCAGCGCAAGCAGCGCUGCCCCAGGCCGGCCCAUCUGCGGCGGCUGCGGCUGUGGCCACCUCUCCCGCAGCCGCUGCUGUGGCCGCUCCAGGGAGCGGGGCACAGGCAGGCCGCAGCACCCUGCGCCGGAGCAACCGCCGUGGCGGCAACCAGGAAUCGGCGCCGGUGGUCGUACCGCUGGGGCUGGCGGCACGGCGGCUGGAGGAGGUCGCGGAGAGGGGCGAGGCUGAAGCAGCCGGGGCCGCACAGCAGCCUGAUCCUGUGACGGAGCAGGUGGUGGCGGAGACUGACGGUCCCCGUGGCGCGGCAGCGGAGGCUGCGGCAGCCGCCGAGGUACAGCCCGAGCCUAAGCCCAAGGCCGCAGGCGGCUCCAGGAGCAAGAAGGCGAAGGGGGGUGGCAAGCGCGCCAACGCGGCUGCGGCCGCCGCUGCCGAGGCGCCGGCACUUGAGCAGGGGGCUGAGGCGGAGGUCCGCCAGGAGCAGGCGGCGGCCGCGGAGCAGCAGCCUGCAGCUGCCAUGGAGGCGGAGGCCGCGGCCAAGCCAGCUGCCGCACCGGAGCCCGCUGUGCCAGACACAGCUGAGGCUGAGGAGCAGCCGGACGCAGGGGCGGAGCCAAAAGCAGAUGCCGGCGGCUCCAGCGGAAACAAAAAGCGCAAGGGGCGCGCCGGUGGCGGCGGUGGCAAGCCAAAGCGCGCUGUCAAGGCGUUCAGAAAGAUCCGCAAGGCCGCUGCCAAGCCAGACGACAAGGAGGAGGAGGAGGAGGAGGAGGAGGAGGAGGAGGAGGAGGAGGAGGAGGAGGAGGAGCAGGCCGAGGAGGAAGAGGAGGAGGCAGCUGGGCGGGCUGGGGAGCAGGAGCAGCCGGCACAGGAGGCCAUGGCGCAGCCGGAGCGCCAGCAGCCCGCAGCUGAGGUCGCGGCUGACGCCGUUGGCCCGCCCGCGCAAGCCGCAGCGCCUGUGGUGGCGACACGGUGCACCCGCUCCAGCCGCAAAGCCGCCACUGCGGGCGAUGCCGUCGGAGCAGGUGGCCCUCACGUGGCCGAUACGCCAGCGACGGACGGCGGCGGGAGGUCUACGCGGAGCAAGCGGCGCCGGCAGGAGGCGGAGGCUGCAGAUGGUGUCGACGGCAGCGGUAAUAAACAACAGACGUCCAGCGGUAAGCCGCAGCAGCUGGCCCUUGCGCCGGUGCCCGAGGAGGCGGAUGUGGCGGCGGCAGCUGGGUUGCAGGGGCAGGGGCACCAGGAGGCGGCGGCAGAAGAUGGGGAGGAGGAGGAGGGCGUGCAGACUGCGCGGAAGUCGAAGAGGCGGAAGGCCAACGCGGCGGCAGCGGGUGUAGCGGACACGCCGAGUGUGCGGCAGACCCGCAGCCAAGCACGGGGGGCCGGCGGCGGGCGGAGGUCGCCUGGCAGUGUGAACGGGCGAAAGUAGGGUCGAGGGCUGUACAUGUGUCUUGCUUCUUACGUGUUGGAGACUGAGAAGGCGGAUUAUUUGUGUGUGAUUGACCGGUUGCAAACGUGUGACUGGUGUACAGUACGGCAGGGAUGGACCAGCGUCAACUUAGCGCCAGAGCGCCAGCAUUGCACGACAAGCAUAACUGCGCACGACCACGGGCGUGUUGCCAGUGCGAUAGGCUCAGGCUGAGCAGUCCGGCCUCCAUACCACGAUGGCCGAUGGAGGCAGGCAGGACCGCAAGAGGUACAUGGACGACAUUCGUACUGCGUAUCAUACCGUACACGAUACGGCUGAUAACUGACACUCAGUCCUGCUCAGUCGGCCUGCAGGGGGCCCACCGGUGAUGUACAGGGAGCCUAACGCGCCAGCGAUGAUGCCAAGACACCACCCAGACGGAGACCGGAGUUUGUAUGGCAUGGAAACCGGAGGUUCUAAGCCUUCGCACCCCGGUGGGGUUUCGACAACUUCCGACAGGGCACGUGCUAUUAGCCCAUGCAAUGUAACACAGAACCGCA